CUUCAUUUUAGUGGCUGGUCCAGCACCAUACUCGCAGGACAGUCAUGGAAAUAUGCAGAUGCAAUUGUUUUUAACACUUGCUGUCAAUCCUAGUUCGCUGUAUGCUUCGGAAAGCAAUCCCACGCGCAACCGGCAACCGCCUCGGAGUCGGAGGAUCAUCUCGGUCGCUCGUCUGGAGAAUUCAAAAUUUUCCCCACUUCGUCACCAGCAACGCAACCGAAAGUCCGCAACACCGCACUCUCCCUCGGCAGUUGGCAGUCGGCAGCGGCACUCGUCUCCGCGCUUCCACUCGCCAAUGAAAGCCUCCGCAGCCGCGGCCUCUCCGCCGCCUCCUCCUCCUCGUGGGUGGCUCUCCGGCCUCGUCUCCGGCGCCGGCCGCCUCCUCGCCGCCAUUCUCGACCCGGAAUCCUCCGCCUCCGACACAACGUCCUCCUCCCCAGAGUCGUCGCAGUCACCACCGCGCCGCGAUCAGGCAACUGCCGGUCAUGGUAUUGGGAAGUGCUUUCCUUCUGACAGCCAUCAGUUAAAUUUGAGUGGCAAGGAGAUUGUUUUGAAAGAUUCCGGUGAAGGUUCACUUGCAAUUGUCUCAGAGGUACAUCCAAAGGAUGCUGUAAAGCAGUUGCUUAUGCAGGAAACCUACUCAUGGUCGGAGUGUGAUGCAUUAAUAAAGAUAAUUCAAGAGCGAGUUGUGGACUCAGACGAUGAACCUGCUGCUAUUCUUCCAAUUGCUUGGCAUGCUAACACACAGCUACAUCCUGUUGCACACUCUUCAAACCCGAACACCACCGCUGUCCCUGCAGUUUCUAAUCCUGCUUGUCGUCUAGAGUUUGACAACAUUGUUGAGAAAGAAUGGCUGAAGAAAAGUUCAGCUGUUGCUGAAAAUCGUUGCACCAAUAGCCAUGACCAAAUUCAGCAUGCUAUGAAAAGAAGUUACUCUAACACAGGGGAUACUAUUGAAGAGUCUCGAAGAAUCAGGCCAAAGCGAAACAGAUCAAAUUCUCUUAGGAAUCAGGGAGCUUCGUCCAAAGAGGCCGCCACCAAUGCUAGUAGUGCACGAAGGGAAUUUCCAGAAGGUUUCAGGACACUAUUUAAAGAUAAUCCUCUUCUUGGGACUAAUAACCUGACAUUUUCGGACUUGGUUUCAAAGGGUCUGUUCGAUGAUGAACCUUCUGUAGCUGCUGCUGCUGAACACUUCACUUCAACCUCUUGUCAAGCUGACUGGGACAAACGUGGAUCUGGCAUGUCAUAUCCGUAUUCUAGUCAGAAUCAGAUGGAGAUGUCUCGUGUCAAGGCAGAACUUAUCGAUGAACCUGUCGCUCUUGAGACUGACAUGACAAAUAUGGUGCAAAAGAAUGAUAAACUCAUAGUGCGCAAUGGCUCUUGUUCUGUCCCAAACAAAACUGUGUUUCAAGGUGACAUUGAGGCUGCACCGAGCUCACCAAUGGGCUUGCAGACAGAAAAGAGCUCCAGAAAUUGCACGAGGGGAUUCAACUUGCAGAACAUUCCGACGAAGAGAAGGUCACCUGCCAGCAGAAAUCUUCCCUCAAACAACGGGAAUGGGAAGACGGUGAGAUCAUGGAAUGGGCCUCCACGGCAAAGCAAUUCGGCGGCGGGACAGGAAUCGGAGAUGGGGCGCGUUAAGGCGAAGAGGCCAGUUGGAAGGCCGAGGAAAGUGCGGAGGUCUCAAAAGGCGAACGAUACAAUUGUAAUGGGCACCCGAGAUUACAGCUAACAUCAGGUAAUUGUUGAUGCCGUAUAUAUUUAGGUCCAUAAAAAAGAAAACCGAAAUGUUCUGUGUAGUAAGGAGCACAGUUGGAACUUGAACUUGCAGUGAGUGUAUGCUGUGUUGGGUUCGCACGUGUUGCCCCACCCUUGGUGGUGUGAUUC